UGUAAAAGAAGCUGACCAUAGACAGACAAGCCAAACUCUCUCUCUCUAGAAUUUCUUUUUUUUCUUCUUCUUCUUAUUUUUUUGACUUGGUUUGGUUAUCUUUGUUUCAAGUGUAUGAUUCCUUAAGAAACAAACAAAGCCUUUCUCUCUUUUUCUAUCACCUUCUCUGUUCAUAGUUUCAUUAUUUUGUUUUCUUUUUGAAGCCUCUCUUACCUUUGGUUUCUGCCUUCUGUGAUGGCUGGUCGUUAUGAUCCAAACCCUUUUGAUGAAGAGGAAGUUAACCCUUUCAUUUGUUUAUGAGUGUUUUGUAGGUUUUAGAAGUUAUUAAGGAGAGUUUUGAAAGUUCCAGGGUUUAGUGAGGUGUUUUCUGUGGUUGACUUUUAUGGUUUUAUGAUUGAUGACCCGGCUGAGAGGUCGAAAGCAUCAGGGCAGUCGAAGUAUAGUGGGAGUGCAUUCAACACAACAGGUGUUCCUCCUGCUUCAAACUCGAGGCUUUCACCACUUCCUCCUGAACCUGCUGGUUUUUACAAUUAUGGUACAACGGUCGACAUUCCUAUUGAUGCAGCUGCGGAUUUAAGAAAGAAAGAGAAGGAACUUCAGGCUAGGGAGGCUGAGCUGAGAAGACGGGAGAAGGAGGUAAAGAGGUUAGAAGAUGCAGCUGCAAGAGCUGGAGUUGUCCUGGAAGAGAAAAACUGGCCACCAUUUUUCCCAAUUAUCCAUCAUGAUGUCGCAAACGAAAUACCAGUUCAUCUACAAAAAAUUCAGUAUUUUGCAUUAACAACAUUUUUAGGAUUGACUUUUUGUCUUUUCUGGAAUGUCAUCGCUGUAACAACAGCAUGGAUUCAUGGGGAAGGGGUGAACAUCUGGUUUCUUUCUGUUAACUACUUCAUAUCAGGAGUUCCUGGAGCUUAUUUUUUGUGGUAUCGUCCACUCUAUCGUGCAUUUAGGACUGCGAGUGCUAUGAGGUUCGGAUGGUUUUUCUUGUUUUAUGUGCUUCACAUUGGCUUCUGCAUCUUUGCUGCUGUGGCUCCUCCUAAAAUUUUCAAAGGAAAAUCUCUCACUGGUAUUCUGGCUGCCGUAGAUGUUGUGGGUAACAAUACUAUAGCCGGGAUCUUCUACUUCAUCGGAUUUGGUUGUUUCUGUCUUGAGUCACUGCUAAGCAUCUGGGUUGUUCAGCAAGUAUACAUGUACUUCCGUGGAAGUGGCAAAGCUGCCCAGAUGAAGCGUGAAGCUGCUAGAGGAGCAUUGAGGGCAGCAGUUUGAUUCUAUGCUCUUGUAAGAAAGCAUCACGGUGACCUUGUGUGUGGAUUUAGGUUGUAAAUGCCAUUAGAUGCAUAGACUUGGGAUACAACGUAAAUAUAGAAACACAGCUUGCUUGAGCCUGGCUUUGUUAGACCAAUUUCAUUACACUGUUAAAUGUCUUGCUGAGGGUAUAGUUAAUGGAUUUUGCAGGCUUGCAUUUUUCU